CAUAAGAAUCGACGCUUCCUGGAAUCCUGCUGCAAUGGCUACCUUCCUUUUCCUCUAAACGUCAACAUGCCUCCAAAGAAGGAUACAAAGGCGUCGGCGAAGCAGCCCCAAAAGACCCAAAAGAAGAAAGAAGGUUCUGGGGGCGGUAAAGCCAAAAAGAAGAAGUGGUCGAAAGGAAAAGUACGCGAUAAACUUAAUAAUCAAGUUUUAUUUGAUAAAGCUACCUAUGAUAAGUUAUACAAAGAAGUACCUUCGUAUAAGCUCAUCACUCCAUCAGUAGUGUCAGAAAGAUUGAAAGUUCGUGGAUCUUUGGCCAGGAGAGCGCUAAUUGAAUUGCAACAGAAAGGUCUUAUUAAACAAGUGGUUCAACAUAGGGCACAGUUGAUAUACACAAGGACCACUAAGGGUGACGAUCAGGUUGCAUAAAAUGUAUGACUACAUUUGAUAAUAAAUAGUUUAAAAAAUA